AAGAUUAGCGUGAGUCAGUGCCGAGAUAAGGAGUUUCCGAAGCGUUUUGGGCACUUUCCCGGGCGCUUUUCCCCUUCCCGGCCACCCGGCGGCUCUGUGUGCAUCCGAGGGCACUUUUCCGUGUGAUCAUCGGCGUCGUGCGCGCUCCCGGAGUCUGGCUCGCUGGCAGUUGGGUGUAUUGGCGGAGUGUGAGUGGGGAGUGUAUUGGAAUAAUUGGAAUAUGCUUGGGAUGGGGCGCACUUCUCUCUCACUCUCGCUGGACAGAGGCGCGGAGCAAGUAAGAAAAACACACUGUGUGUUGAUCAGAAAAAAUUAGCGAGUAUCUAACACCAUCAGUUUGCCAGUGACUACCAAGAUAUCAAGAUGGAAGACUACUGGGGUCUCGCGAGGAAUAAUGGCUUAAACUGUACCCCGCCAGCAAUUGAUGACUUUCCCAGGGAUUACUUCACGGAGGAGCAGCGACAAGCUGGUGCUGUGGUGCUUCACAUAGUCGGCAGUUUGUAUUUAUUCGCAGCUCUGGCUGUUGUCUGUGAUAAAUACUUUGUACCUGCCGUUGAGAAAAUAUGUCAAGCACUUAAUAUGUCAAACGACGUGGCGGGAGCGACAUUCAUGGCGGCAGCGACAUCAGCUCCCGAACUCUUUGUCAACGUGAUUGGGACAUUCAUUACGGAGGGCGAUAUUGGGAUAGGCACCAUAGUGGGAUCAGCUGUAUUCAACAUUCUCGCCGUGGCGGCGUGCUGCGGCAUCGGAGCUGGAAUGGUGGUGCCGCUCGAUUGGUGGCCUCUAACGAGGGAUUGCCUCGCUUAUGGCAUCACAGUUGCCAUCCUCAUUUGCAUAAUUCACGACGAACGCGUGGAAUGGUACGAGGCGCUGACGCUCGUGCUGCUCUACAUUGUCUACAUAGCCGUCAUGUAUUUCGAUAAGUCCUUCCAGAAAUGCGCAAGAGGCAGUUUGAAGCACGCACGACAACGUAGAUCUCACGAUGGCACAGCGAGUAUUCGGUCGAAGAGCAGUCGGGAGAUGGAGACUCUGGAGGCUCACUUGCCGCUCCGCAUUGAGCACUUCCAGCAGAAUGGCAAUAUCAAGAACAUCACCCACAUUGACGCCAGCAACAAUGAGCUCACCACGGCCAUUGACGCGCAGUCCAAGACCACGCCGGUCAGGGUGGCGGAGGCCGUGGUCGAGUCACCGGACAACUCGGCCGUGGACAUGAAGCAGGACGCCGAGGUGAAGGUGGAGGCGAAGGAGGUGGCAGAGCCGGAGGAGAACAACGUGGACUUCUCCCUGCUGCGCUAUCCCUGCGAGGGCAGCUGCUUCCGGCAGAUCGUGUGGAUCGUCACCUGGCCCAUCCACCUGGUCUUCUUCUUCACCAUUCCGGACUGCGAGAAGCCGCGCCUCAAGAAGUGGUUCCCCAUGACCUUCGUCAUGUGCAUCAUCUGGAUUGGGUCGCUGUCCUACUUGGUGGCCUGGAUGAUAACGAUAAUCGGUGACACACUGAAGAUUCCCGACUCCGUGAUGGGUAUCACAUUUUUGGCAGCCGGAACGAGCGUCCCCGAGGCCGUGUCAAGUGUCAUUGUGGCGAAGCAGGGGCACGGAUCAAUGGGCAUAAGCAAUUCAAUUGGGUCCAACACCUUCGACAUUCUGCUGUGCCUGGGCCUGCCAUGGCUCAUUAAGGCCGCCUUUCUGCCCAUCGAGCCCGGCCACCACUGGGUGGGCAUCAACUCCGCCGGACUCGAGUACUCGGCCAUCUCGCUCCUCUCCACGCUCCUCAUGCUCUACAUUACGUUCUCCUGCAACAAAUUCCGCCUCGAUCGCAGAGUUGGACACGUGUGUCUCAUCAUGUAUGCGGUCUUCUUAAUUCUAGCUAGUUUAAUUGAAUUAAAUGUGUUUUUCCGUGUCAAUCUGCCCACCUGUGGCCGGUGAGCAACCC